GCUUCACGUGCCGCUGGCGCUGGUGGCGGCGGGGCUCGCGGAGGGUCGCACUGAAGCGGGAGCGCGAGGAGGCGGGGGACAGACGGCGGAACCGAGCGCCGAUGCUCCGCCAAGCGAGCCGUGAGCACACCGAGCCGCGCUGCAGGGAGGCCCGCUGACUGGAUGGAGGGUCCAGGACGUCCUAUUGGCCGUCGUCUCGUCUCGCCCCACCAGCCGCUCCUCUCCUCCUGCUGCUGCUGCUGCGGCAGAAGCGUCUUGGUGGGGUUCGUCUGAAAAAUUACCCCAUCACUGCCAGGCUAGCUGCAGCUUCACUGUGAUCUCCUCUGUCCUGCAGCUCCAACCUGCCAAGUGUUUAGAAACAGCCAGAGAAUAAAAACAGACUGAGAUUCGGUUAGGAACCAAACCGCUUCGAACAUGUAGGUGGGCUGUGACCAGCACCAGGUAGCUAACGGUGAGUUAGCGGCUUGAGGUAGACGGGUAGCGGUGGCUCUGGCGUAACAGAAGGUGAUCAGCGGGGGUGCGAUGGAGUACCACUCCGGUGGCAGCCUGCCCCUGCUGGGGAGACCGCGGUACUGCCCCGGAGCCAACGCUAACGGAGGAUAUCUGUGUGAGACGGGACACUGCUGCGGAGAGACCGGCUGCUGCACCUACUACUACGAGCUCUGGUGGUUCUGGCUGCUUUGGACCGUCCUCAUCCUGUUCAGCUGCUGCUGCGCGUACCGGCACCGGCGGGCCAAGCUGCGGGUCCAGCAGCAGCAGAGGCAGAGGGAGAUCAGCCUGCUGGCCUACCAUGGAGCCAACUCCUUCCCCUCCUCCAUGCUGGACCUCAGUUUCCUGGCGUCGCUAAAGCUACCGUCCUAUGAGGAGGUUGCAGCCCAGCCCUCCACUCCUCCUCCGCCGUACAGCUCUGUUUUUACGACCCCUCGAUACCCGCAGCCGCCGCGCGCCGCCGACCCGCACCUGCUCACGCAGCACGGCCCGCUGCUGCACCGACCGCUGAGCGACGGCCCGUCCUCCUUCAGCUCCGACAACAGCUCCAGCUGUUCCUGCGACUCCUGCUGCCCCUCUUCUCCAUGUAGCUCUUCGCUCUCAGCGCCCAUCACCUACGAGACAGACACAAGCCACGCCUCCACGCCAAGUGAGGCCACGCCCCUCACCCUUGAUGUCACCAUGGAGACCAUAGCGGCUGCAGCCAGUUGCCUGGCGUCCAGCGAGGGCCUGUUCGCCUCCGAGAGACCGGCCGCCGCGGUGGCCAUCGACAUCGAGGGCACCGAAGACGUCGGCGCUCAGGAAGCCUCCGCCACGGACUCCUCCCUCCCUAGCCAGACUGUUACCGUGGCGGUUGUUACCGGGGCAGCGCCGUCUCAGCCCUCACCUGGCUCUGAGGUCACCCUCACCGUUGCAGCUUUGUCUCCUGGAAAGCUCGACAUGCCUCCUCUAUGUUCUCCAAUCUUUAGCACCGGUAGCUCCAGUCCACUCCCCAGUCCGAGGCUCGAUGGCAUCCAGUUCCCCUCCAGUAAAAUCACGAGAACUGGAAGUCUGUCAGGGCCUCCCACGCCAACAGCUAACCCCUCUGACUGCUGUGGGCCCGUCGAAGCUCCGGAGACUCUUGAUUCUUCAACAACUGUUGAUCCACCCAGUGCCCCUUCGACUCCAUCAGCACCGUCUCCAGACGUUCACAGAACUAUGGCCUUGAAAGCAGACUCUGCCAGCCUUCUGACUCCUGAUCAGGAUGUUAGCGUUGUGCCAGCCGAUGCAUCUGUAACCCCGACAAAGGACCAAGAACCACUGCUGUCUGAUUGUACGUCAGCCAUUAUUGGCGCCCCUCUGAUUCCAAAACCAACACAUUUGAAUCUCACCUCCAGUUCGAUUACGCAAACCGUUUCAUCUGCCGUUUCAUUGACUCAAAACUUAGAACCAUCUCUCGAGUCGGGUUUGGCCCAGAUUCCCUCAAGUCCUGGGUCAGGGCCUUCCCAGCACUCUAAUCUAGUUUUGACUGUGAACGUUUCUGGACCGAGUCCAGAACUGCGUGGUUCGUCUGAGUCAAACCUUCUCGCACCAUUGCCUUCAGAUGUUCAGGCUAAUUUUAGCUCUGGAUCAGGAUCGCCAACGCUCGCUCCGGUUCCUGUAGACGGCUCUUCUUCUUGUCCAGCAAUCACGAUUGAGUCUGAAACUUGUUUCAUGUCUUCUCCGUCGCCCCUUGCUGUUCUUUCUCCAUCCUCACCCCGAUCCCCUCUUGUGGCACCAGCAUUACUCUUGGACCCCCUCACCGCUCUUCACCCGUCCGACAAAGGCGGUUCCUCCUCCGGCCAUGCGUCCUCCCUCUCCCCGUCACCCCGUGCUACUCAGUCUCCACCGAAACAGACCGUCUUCUCGCCUUGCGUAGACGUCUUCGAACCCGGACCCGCGUGCUGGGAGGACGGAGACGAGGAGCAGGCCGCUGGGGACAGAGAGGAGGACGAAGACGAUGACAUGGGAGCGGACGAGAGCCAGUAUCGGCACCGUCGUCUUACCGGUGACUCCGGGAUCGAGGUGUGCAGAUGUCGAGUAGAGGAGGAGGACGAGGAUGAAGAAGAGGAAGAGGAGAAAGACGGAGACACGGACGUGCAUGAUAGCGUGGAUUGUCCCGCAAGAAGUCAGUUGAGCACAGGGGACGAACUUACACCGUGCAACCCCUCCCCCUCCGUCACCACGUCGACCCCUGAAGAGAAAGUCAUUAUCGUCAUGGAGAAAGUGUAACCGAUGAAAGUCGAUGGUUCAGUUCCUCCCUCUGACCUGGAGUACGCCAGGCAGCCAUCAAAUUUAGAAGAUGCUUCUCGAGCGUCGUAGUUGUGAACCUAGACGAUGAAUGCACCGGUGUUAGGAGAAAGAUUUGGUUUGGAAGUCAUUUUAUGGGCUUUGGUGCCACGUUCACCAGAUUUAGAGGCGUCUGUUUCAUUUCAGGAUGAUUAAGCUAAAACUUAGCUCUUCUUCCUUAUCUAAGAGACCUCCAUGUCCUGCACACUCUUUAACACGUAUUAAAUCACACUGUAACCCGAUCUUUGUUGACUCGCAUCAACAAACUUUAAUAAAUCCUCUUAACAGUCAAAAAUGGUUAGCAUCGAUCCAAACUACAUAAAUUUGCACACAAGGGGGGAAAUAAUCUCCAUGUGACGCAAAUACGGCAUAAAAGCUGCACACGUGUCUGAGGUUGAAAUCGUGCCCCACAAUGACGCUUUCUGUCUUUUGCCCAUAAAUGAGCAUCUUUAACAGUCGAGCAUUCAGAAGGCGGCGAUACCUUCCACUGCCGUCUUGGAUGAUGACGGAGGCUUGGAAAUGUGCCGGGAACAAGUUGGCUUGCUCUGAAAAAGGAAGAGAGACCGGUGUAGGUGGAUGAUUCACGGCGCCUGAUUGACGGAGGGGAGACUGAUUCAUUGGGUUUGAUGGCUGGGUCUGUCAGCAGAGCAGAGUUAGGUUGGCAGUUUGCGAGUGGAAAACUUGAAGGUGGACGGCUCGUUGUGUUGCGUCGACAUCUCAGCAGAGAAAAGCUCUUACAUGAAUGUAAACAAACAAUGGCUGCUUUUAGAGCGAAACAAAGCCCCAAAGAGAGCAGAGGCGGAGCGUGUCAUCGUCCCGUCUUUGUCUCUUUCUCGGAGUGUGAGGUCAGAUCAAACAAUACGCCGUAGACGCUUUGAUCUCUGUCACUUUCUGGAUCUCUUCAUUCAUAAACGCCCCUCCUACGUCCUUAACGUUAGCAGAUUUGAACAAUAAUACAAAACAAAUUGCAGAGCAAACAGAGACAUUUCAAGGCCUUCUAAAGAAUAAGUCACGGCAAACGUGUUUAAAGAGUUUGGUUUAUUUUUAGGUCGGUGUUUCGUACGUUGUGAACUUGAUAGACAAGUCAGUGUACAUAUUUUGUGACACACAGAGACGGAGUAUAUUUUAUCAAUGAAGCAGUUAGUAGUUGUUUUGUACAUGCUGCAGUGUUUCAGCUCACCGUAGGACAUGAAAUUGGAAGUGAGAUGAAAAGCAAUAUUUUUAUUCUAAAAGAGCAAAUAAACCCAGAGAAAAGUGAAAAAGCAGCAUCAGAAACGUUGGGAUGAAAAAGUUUACUGUUGAGGCUUAGACUCAUAUCUUUAACUGAUGAGAAAAUUUUAGAUGCAGUUUUGAGCAACUCUGAAAAGAAAACCGUUUCAUCGUGUUGAAGGGGGCUGGUAUCCGUCUCCUACAGCUAAACGAUAAGAGACGCAUCUGAAGCAGGUUCCCAGACCAACACAGGGUUAAGAAAUGUGUUGAUAUAAUUAAACCUAUUAGGAAACGAUACAUCCAUCUAUCAUCUAUACAAGGACAUGAGAGCCUAGUGUCUGUCUCUACCGGUCAGUGUGGGGUCAGGGGUACACCUUAAGGUGCCAGUCCGCCACUGGGUCAACAGCUACCUGGACUUUACUGGUAACUCCCAACGUUUUUCAGCAAAGUUAGCAGUUGUUAUCUUGGUGCAAAAACGUUUACAAAUGAGUCUGAUGAAAAGUUUUUAGAUGCAUUUUUGUUCAACUGAGGAAAGAAACAAUGCUCCAUGCUACUGUAGGGCGUUGGUAUCUGUCUCUCGAGGUUAAUGGACACGAGACACCUGAAGAGGGUUCCCAGUCCAUCACAUGGUCAAGACAUGUUGAUAUAAUCCAGUCUAUUAGGAAGUGACACGAUCCACCCAUCUUCUUUACAAGGUCAUGAGGGACUGGUGUCUGUCUCUACCGGUCAGUGUGGGGACAGGGGGUACACCUUAAUGUGCCAGUCCGCCACUGGGUCAGCAGCUACCCUGACUUCACUGGUUCUGCGUCUAUCAUCCGAAAUGAUAGACGCAUGUUGUAUAAAGGUAGGUUGUCGUCAUUCACCAGCAUGUAGGCAGUGCGUUCCUGUUUCUGAAAGGUCCAUUGAUGUAGGAUUUUAAAAGUCCAAAUCUUUAGUUGUGAGAGAGGAAGAUCAGUGAUGUCAGCAGAUCGAUGAAACAUUAGACGUUUCCUCCGGCAGUAAAGCUAAAAGUGAGGAAAAGUGAAGAUUCUCAUCACCUCAUGAAAUCAUCCACCCAACCUUAGUGAGAGACUCAGUCUGGUUGACUGAUCUUUAUACCCUGUGUUCAUGCUGCAUUGAUCCACACCUUCAUGUAUAACUCAACAGAGCCACCAAUACAUGAUGCAAAUGAGCGAUAAGCUCGUAUCCAUUAAAGGCACAGACAAAGUCCUGCCACAGAAACGGUUCACGGUCCGACAGAUCCAGAUAUCUGGACCUGGGAGAGGCUGAGGAAGAUGCUUCUGGUUGAAAGUCGACACGGUGGAGUGAGAACGACGAGUUCUUAGAGGCUUGUAGAGCGACGCCCAGCUGUUGAUGUUGUAGUUGAUGUUGUGGUUGACGGUGUUUUUUGUUUACCUGAACUUAUAACGUUAUAUAUUUCAUUGGUUUCCGAGUGCCAUUUAUACUUGACUACUGUUACUACUUAGCAUUAUUUAGAGCUGUUCCCGCUCUGUGUGACUGUGGGCUUUAUAGCAGAGUGACUUGGGAGCUGUUUGAACUUUGUCUGUAAUUUAGGUCCUCAAAGGCUGAGCAGACCUGAGAUCAGCUUGAGAUGAUUUUGGUUCGAUUAGAAACGCCUCAGAGCGUCGAUAUUUAACGGGACAGGAUUGAAACAACCAGAACCAUUGGCAUCAGUUAUGACUCUUGUAACUGGAGAAAGUCAGUCAUUGUCUUUUCUGUCUUGGUUUUGACCAAAAGCUCUGAGGCAUUUUUAAGGGAAAGUGACUGAUUAAAGCUGAUUCCAGGACUUCCUGCUUUGGGAAACCUUGUCUUUAUGUCUCUGUUAAAGUCUAAAUUACUUAUUUCUACUGAAUUAUGUCACUGCAAUAUGUUACUAUUUCCACACUGACUGGAUUUUCACAGAAAAAGUAGAUUUUUCUCUAAUACCUGACUGGUGCUGUGCCUGUUUUCUGUUAUUCUGCCACAGCAGGUGUUGGGAGAUGAGAAAUCUAAUUUCCAUUUUCUAAAGAGUUGUUUAGUAAGUGGAAAACAUCAGCGCCCAAACUGGAUGAGAAACUGAAGAAAUAAACAUUAAAUACAGUUUUGGAUUAAAUAUUAAUUUUGGUUGGUUUAGAGACUGGUUUGGUUUGACUAGACCAGUUUCUUGACCUUAAAAUCCAAAGCUAGUCAAACUUUAUUUUGGAUCUGAUCUCUCUUCGUUGACCAGGAUUAUAACUCUGUCCAGGUCCUUCCCUCUGUUUACAGGAUUUUAACUAAUUUGUCUUUUUCCACCUUCAUGUCCUCACUGGCUGAAUCUGUGGGAGAAGAUUUAAAAAAGAUUAAAAUCCUGUAAUAUUCAAAUGACUAAAGCACUAACUAGUAUUAUUAGUAGUAAUAGUUGGUGUGUGUGUGGAUGUUUGUAUGUAUGUGUGACAUAACUAAACCAGCCUGUUCUAAAAGUGUGGAAAUAUAAUAAAACUGUUGAAUCUAAAA